AGGGGGGUGUGGUUCAGCACGGUCUGCGCUGAGAGAGAGAGACGGGAGAAGAACGGUGAGUAAGCAGAUCAAGCGCAUAUUAAAAACACCUGCUUCUCAUUGUAGUAAUUGGCGAGGAGAUGGUUAAAAGCCGAACAACCGGAGGCUGGAGGAGAGAGACCGACUGGGAAACCGGAGAGAGAGGAAGGCUGUGAGACGUUGCGUCCAAACCGAGAAUUCUGUGAUCCUGUACUGAACCGAGUGUUUAGUGUUUCUUUUGUUGAGGUGCAGCAGCACCUAGAAGUUUAUGUUAAAUAAAAGUUCUUAUCGGUUUCCCAGCCACGCUGACCCCGACUCCUUUCUUCUGAAAGAUCUGAACCGUGUUACAUUGGUGCCGAAACCCGGGAAGAAAGGAGCCAGCCGCCGCCGACAUGCAGUCCACGCCAGCCACGCCAUUUGCGGACGUGAUCAACUCCCUCGCCGGUCUUCACCAGGAGCACCACCAGGCUCUGUUGGGUCUCCGAGAGGACCAAGAGAGACGGUUCCAGGCUCUCGUCAAGACUCAACAGGAAGACCGCGAGGUGUUCCGGAGCUGGUUGAGCCAGGGAAGAGAUACGGGCGGACCAUCGGCCACACCCCCAACUUUCCAGAUACCGCUGCACAAGAUGGGAGCCCAGGACGAUCCGGAAGCGUUCCUGGAACUUUUCGAGAGGUCCGCGGAGCUCUCCGGGUGGCAGCCGGACAUCUGGUCAGCGAGGCUGAUUCCCCUGCUGACCGGGGAAGCCCAGAUGGCAGCGCAACAACUACCAGUCCAGAACCUGCUCCAGUACGCGGACCUCAAGAAGGCGAUCCUGGAACGGGUCGGCCUGAGCCCGGAGCAGCACCGGCAGCGGUUCCGCUCCCUGGAGUUUGGGGGGGAUGGCCAACCCUUCUCUUUUGCUCACCAGCUCCGGGACGCUUGCCGCAGAUGGCUGAUGGCCGACGGUAGCGACGUCAUCGCCAUCGUGGAUAAAGUGACGCUGGAGCAGUUCGUGGGGCGGUUACCUAAGGAGACCGCCCAAUGGGUCCAGUGUCACCGACCGGCGUCGCUGGCCCAGGCCAUCCAGUUGGCUGAGGACCAGUUGGUGGCGUGCCCAGGGGUCGGCGUACCCCUACCAUCUCUCUCUCUUUCUUUUUUUCCUAACCCCUCACCCUCUACACCUAUCCCUUUUCCUAGGACCCGGGGGAGUUUUUUCCCGCGGCCAGUCCCGAGAACCCGGAUGUCGCUAGGGAUGGGAUCGGGAGGAGCCGUGAGAACACCGGGGAAAUCCACUAACCAGUAUGGUGCUGGUCCCAAUGCCUCUCCUAUGCCCCAGCCCUCUCCUCGCCAAUCCCUUGGUCUGCUUCCCGCCGCUAGGGCGGCGGGGACUUCUGGGCCGGCCUGUUGGCGUUGUGGGGAUCCCGGCCAUUUUAUCGACCGCUGUCCUAUGAUGGAGGUCGGUAUGAUGGUCCGGGUUCCCGACAACCCACAGGCUGCCCUCGGUCAAGAUGGGCUGUACCAGAUACCUGUGAGUAUUAGGGGGGGUACAUAUCAGGCUCUGGUGGAUUCAGGAUGUAACCAAACCUCCAUUCAUCAAAGCCUGAUUCAAGUUGUGGCAUUGGAUACGGGCCGCAUGGUUAAGGUAAGGUGUGUGCACGGGGACGUGGUGAACUACCCUUUAGUGCCGCUGACUAUAAAAUUUAGGGGCCAAAACCAUAGUGUAGAGGUGGCUGUUAAUAAACACCUCCGAUAUCCGCUAAUCUUGGGAACGAAUUGGCCAAUGUUUUCGAUAUUAUUGGGGCAUUUAAGUGCGGAUGUCUCUUGGCAGAACCAAAGGAGGCGGAAGGGUGCGGUUGUGCAGGUAGGAGAUGGUGAGCCGGGACCCCUGACAUCUGAUUCAGAGGAACGGAGCGCUGUGGAGAAAAUUAAUUUUUCCCAGUGCGAUGAUUUUCCGCUGGAGCAGUCUCAGGAUGACUCGCUCAAAAACGCGUUUGAUCAGGUCCGUACUAUCGACGGCCAAACUCUCCACCCUGCACAACCACGGUCCUAUCCAUAUUUUGCCAUUAUUAAAGACCGGUUGUAUCGAGUGACCCAAGACACUCAGUCCAAAGAGGAUACAACACAGUUAGUCAUUCCUAAGAGCCGUCGGGAAAUGCUUUUCCAGGCGGCUCAUUGUAAUCCGAUGGCGGGACACUUGGGGCAAGCUGCAACUUUAAAUCGCCUGACGACCCGUUUUUUUUGGCCGGGCAUUCAUGAGAACGUGCGCAGGUGGUGCGCGUCUUGUCCUGAAUGUCAGUUGGUAAACCCACCGGCCACCCCAAAAGCACCAUUGUGCCCACUCCCCCUCAUGCAGGUCCCCUUCGAACGAAUUGGUAUGGACCUGAUCGGGCCGUUAGAGCGAUCUGCACGAGGGCAUCGAUUUGCGUUAGUCAUUGUGGACUACGCAACCCGAUACCCGGAAGCAGUGGCGCUACGCAAUAUUUCUGCUAAAAGUGUUGCGGACGCCCUGUUUAGUUUAAUUUCUCGCGUGGGAAUCCCAAAGGAGGUUCUCACGGAUCAAGGCACGGCGUUUAUGUCACGGACCCUCCGCGAACUGUACGGGUUAUUGGGGAUUAAGACGAUUCGUACCAGCGUCUACCACCCACAAACAGAUGGGCUGGUCGAACGUUUUAAUCGUACGUUAAAAACAAUGAUCCGGAAGUUCGUUCACGAAGACGCCAAAAAUUGGGAUAAGUGGCUGGAACCUCUGUUAUUCGCGGUCCGCGAGGUUCCCCAAGCCUCUACGGGGUUUUCCCCCUUCGAGCUCCUCUAUGGCCGUCAGCCCCGUGGGGUUUUAGACGUCCUAAGAGAAGUUUGGGAGGACGGACCUUCCGCGAGUAAAAAUCAAAUUCAGUACGUCAUGGACCUGAGAACAAAACUCCAUACACUGGGGCUGCUCUAUGUGGCGGACCGUUAUUGCACUCUCCUGACUUUUCUCUUCCCUUUCUAUUGCAGACCGAUGCGUCGGACAGAGGCGUGGGGGCGGUCCUGUCCCAGGAGAUAGAGGGUGAGGAGCGGCCGGUGCUGUACAUCAGUCGGAAGCUCUCCAGGAGAGAGACGAGGUACAGCACCAUUGAGAAGGAGUGUUUGGCGAUCCGGUGGGCCGUCCUCACCCUCCGCUAUUAUCUCCUGGGGCGCGAAUUCACGCUCUGUUCGGACCACGCGCCCCUGCAGUGGCUCCACCGCAUGAAGGAUACCAACGCGCGGAUCACCCGUUGGUAUCUCGCAUUACAACCCUUCAAGUUUCAGGUGGUCCACAGGCCGGGGACGCAGAUGGCGGUGGCUGACUUCCUCUCCAGGAGAGGGGGGGGGGAGGCUGCAGGCCGGAUGGUUCCCCGGCCUGAGUCGGGCGGUGGGGGUAUGUGGCAAGGGGGGUGUGGUUCAGCACGGUCUGCGCUGAGAGAGAGAGACGGGAGAAGAACGGUGAGUAAGCAGAUCAAGCGCAUAUUAAAAACACCUGCUUCUCAUUGUAGUAAUUGGCGAGGAGAUGGUUAAAAGCCGAACAACCGGAGGCUGGAGGAGAGAGACCGACUGGGAAACCGGAGAGAGAGGAAGGCUGUGAGACGUUGCGUCCAAACCGAGAAUUCUGUGAUCCUGUACUGAACCGAGUGUUUAGUGUUUCUUUUGUUGAGGUGCAGCAGCACCUAGAAGUUUAUGUUAAAUAAAAGUUCUUAUCGGUUUCCCAGCCACGC